UGUGUAUAUUGAUUUCUGGAAGUUCUGACUUGCCAGAUGCAGGGCUGAAAUACGAUUCACAGCAGGUGUAGGACAUCAUUGUCAGGUUCCUAAAGAACUGGAAUGGAUCUCCCGAUGGGCAAACUGUGAUCUUGUCAUCCCUUCAUCCAUAAUCUUUGUUGUAACCUAUGGUUGCAUAAUUAUCUACUGCAGAGACACUUCAUUUGAUCACAUCGUCACGACAGUGCCAACAGCAUGGAGAAGCAAGUUGAGGUUCGGAUACACGAGUGUCAAUUUGAAGCUCCAGCUCCUUCUCCAGGGCCAGCAUGUGGAGGUCUCUGUAACAAAUUCAUGAAGAACUUGCUUCUAGCACUCACAAUUCUUGGUGUGAUUGUAGGCUCAGUGGCUGGUGUCCUUCUGCGUUAUGCAUCUCCACUUCACCCAGAUGUAAUCAUGAUCAUCUCCUUUCCUGGUGAUAUUCUCAUGAGAAUGUUAAAAAUGGUGAUUUUGCCUCUGAUCAUCUCCAGUUUAAUCACAGGCCUUGCAGGUUUAGAUGCCAAAUCUAGCAGUCGCCUCGGCACCAGAGCCAUGAUGUAUUACAUGUCUACAACUAUAAUUGCUGCGGUGCUGGGGGUGAUUCUGGUGCUGCUUAUCCACCCGGGCCACCCCAAAAUAAAAUCACACUUGGGAGAGGGCAAGAAGAACGAUGAUGUGUCCACUUUGGAUGCAUUUUUUGACCUCAUCAGAAAUCUCUUUCCAGAGAAUCUGGUACAGGCUUGCUUUCAGCAGAUCCAGACCGUUACAAACAAGGUAGAGGUAUCACCACCUCAUCCUUCAAAGUUUGGACGAAAUACCAACAAGUGGGCAGCAAAAUAUGUUAUGAAGAAAUCUCUUCAGUUCAAGAGUGGCAUGAAUGUAUUAGGGCUCAUUGGUUUCUUUGUGGCUUUUGGAGUCUGCAUGGGAAAAAUGGGUGAGAAAGCCAAGCUGAUGAUGGACUUCUUCAAUGUUCUCAAUGAAAUCGUUAUGAGACUUGUUAGCAUGAUUAUGUGGUAUUCCCCUGUGGGCAUUGCAUGCCUGAUCUGUGGCAAGAUUAUUUCCAUUAAUGACCUCGAGGGAGUGGCCAAGCAAUUGGGAUUGUACAUGCUCACAGUCAUUUUGGGCCUCAUCAUCCAUGGUGGCAUCUUCCUCCCACUGAUAUAUUUUGUCAUUGUUCGAAAAAACCCUUUAAAAUUUUUUAUGGGAGUAUUUCAAGCUUGGGUGACUGCAUUAGGAACAGCUUCCAGUGCUGGUACGCUGCCUGUUACGUUUCGUUGCCUAGAGGAAAACUUGGGAAUUGAUAAAAGGGUUACUCGAUUUGUGCUUCCUGUUGGUGCAACAAUCAACAUGGAUGGUACAGCACUUUAUGAGGCAGUAGCGGCCAUUUUCAUCGCACAGAUGAACGGAAUAAAACUUGGUCCUGGUCAGAUUGUGACAGUCAGCCUGACAGCUACUCUUGCUAGUGUGGGAGCUGCCAGCAUUCCCAGUGCUGGCCUCGUCACCAUGCUGCUCAUCCUCACUGCUGUGGGAUUGCCCACCCAAGACAUCAGCUUACUGGUUGCCGUCGACUGGCUUCUGGAUCGCUUCCGAACAUCGGUCAAUGUUAUUGGAGACUCGUAUGGAGCGGGCAUUGUGUAUCACCUCACCAAGGAUGAGCUCAACGUGUUCGAUGGCCAGCAGAUGAGAACAGAUGACUUUGAGAUGACCAAAUCACAAUCCUUCUAUGAGAAUAACACAAACCAUGGUGUAUAUGCGUCGUGCAACUCCUGUCCACAAGGGCUAAUAGAUGACUGCAAGAUCAAUUUGACCCCAAAUGGCGGCCCUGCUGUCUUUUCCAUUAUUGAGGAGGAACCUUGGACACAAGAGUAAAACACCACAAAGAUCCAGCUUCGCCUUAUCCCGAGUCCUGCAAGCUUGCUAUUCUGGAACACCCUCGAAUUGUAGGUUCAUUACUACACUCCGGCUCCAUGGUGACAUUUUGCACAGGACUGGGUUCCUCUGAUAACAGAAGCAAAGCUCCAGCACUCUCUGCUCUUAAUCUUUUCUGUUCUUUCAGGAUACCGUAUAUGGCGCAUGUCGCUCCUUGUUGGAUUUUUUACUGAGUUAUGUCUGAGUUGUUCGAAACCAGUCUGGGUUUUUCGUGUCGAAUAAGGAAGCUGCUGCACCUGUAAGAAAAUCAAACACUUUCAUGAAGAAGUUAACUUGAAUGCGAGCAGAAAAAAAAAAAUAAAACGAGAUUCUUAAGCAAACUCUUCCAGACUCACUU